CGUCUAUCCAGAUAACUUGCUCUGGUCCGGCCAUCCCUCAGAACCGCAUCCAACCCAACCACGACGCUCCUUUGUCCCAAAUAUAGCAUCCCAACAGCUUGUCUUCGUUUUCGCCCAAAAUGUCGCUCUUGGCCAGGCGUGCCAAGGGUCUCUGCCUCCCUUGGCGUCUCAGUCCGACCCCCUGAAAAAUUCCACCAUUGAUCCCAUCAUGGCUGCCUGGUCGCUUCUAUCACUUCGGCUGCUUCUCCUGUCUGUCUGGUUGUACUCUCCAACAUAGCUAGAUGGUCAUCCGUCAGACACCCAUUUCACCAUGCGCAGUCACCACAUAACCGCCUUCCUGCUGCUCCUGUUACACAGUCAACGGGCAUAUUCCGACCUGGGUAUACAAGUCAACGAUGCCAACUCCCUCGCAAACGCCGGCUCCACCAUCGCCGAUCCCUUGAUGGAAUUCUACAAACAGAACCAAACCGAAGGCAUCCCCGGCAAGCUCACCGACACCUGGUACAUUGCGGGGGCCAUGUUCAUGACCUUGAUUCAAUUCUGGAAGGCCUCAGGCGUCGACACCUACAAUUCCGUCGUGCAGCAUGACCUGAUGUUCCAAGCCGGCGAGAACUACGACUAUUUCUCCUCCAACUACAGUCAAUGGCUGGGCAACGACGACCAAAUGUUCUGGGGCCUCGCCGCCAUCACCGCCUCCGAAACCGGCUUCCCCGAAGUCUCCGGCAAACCCUCAUGGACGUCUCUCGCGCGCGCCGUCUUUAACAUGCAAGUCAACCGCUGGGACGACACCACCUGUGACGGCGGCAUGCGCUGGCAGAUCUGGCCCUACCAGGCGGGAUACACGAUGAAGAACGCCAUCUCGAACGGGGGUCUCUUCGAGCUCUCUGCCCGACUCGCCCGGUUCACCAAGAACGAUACGUAUGCCGAGUGGGCAGAGAAGAUCUUCGACUGGUCGACGACGACACCGCUCUUGAACACGAAUGCAACGAUAUGGAACGUGGCGGAUAGUACCUCAAACGAAGCCAACUGCAAGGACGUGGGAAAUAACCAAUGGACUUACAAUUACGGGACGUAUCUGUCCGGUGCGGCGUUCAUGUAUAACUACACAAAUGGCUCCACCAAAUGGGAGGAAAGGGUAAACAACCUCCUCACCUCCCUAACCACCAAAUUCUUCCCCGAGAACUUCAACAAUGGCACCGUCCUCUCCGAAGUAACCUGUGAACCGAUCCUGUCCUGCGACCGCAACCAACUCGGCUUCAAGGGGUACGUGGCAAUGUGGCUUGCCUUUACGGCGCUACUCGUCCCCUCGACCCACGACCUCAUCCUCCCCAAACUGCAAGGCUCCGCGGCAGCCAUCUCAAAGCAGUGUUCGGGGACCGGCGACGGAUUGGAGAACCUGUGCGGCGUGCGCUGGCACCAGGAUACCUGGGAUGGAAGUAUGGGACUAGAAGUACAGAUGAGUGCGUUGGGCGGAGUGACGGGGGCGUUGAUGAUGUUGGGGGAUGGUAGUUCCGGACCGCAGACGAUCGAUGAGAAUCCGGAUGCGGCGGAACAUCAUAUUGAUACGAGUGAAGAUGAGAAGGACCCGACGGCGAAGGAGAAGAUUGAUACGGGGGAUAGAGCUGGAGCGUGGAUUCUGACGGUGGUGCUGGCGGGGUUGAUGUUGGGGGCUGUGGGAUGGUUGGUGAAGGCGCAGUGAUUACCCCCUUCUUCUAUUCUUAUUCUUGUUCACUUCUUUUCUUCUGAAUCAUUAGGGUAUAUUUGAUUAUGGGUUUGUGUAUAUGGGUUAUGGACAUAUUGAUCGUUUGCCGAGGUAUGUACUGCUGCUGGACAGACAGACAGUGGAUUUCAAGUCUUCUUUUAUUCCUUUCUCUCCAUUUUGACCACUUACUCUAUCAGAGCUUCUCUUCUCACAGAUAUCACUUAUCUCACUUAUCGCAGAGCGAUAGUUAGCGCAUAUACAUCAUCUACCAAAUGUCAAUAUACAGUAUCAAUACUCAAAGAAUGUCCC